AUGGCGCGACGCUGGCCUAAGCGGCGGCAAGCAAGCGUGGUGCGGUGGCAGCGGCAGCGGCGGCGGGAGCGGCGCCAGGGGGAGCAGGUGGGCUCCUCGCGUCGUUGGCGCAUUGUCAGCGUGCCUUGCCACGGCAACACCGCUGGCGAGAUGGAUCGGUUAGUGCGAUUGUUUCAUGGUGGCAAAGUGAAAGGAAACAAGAAGUUCAAAGGCAUGCAUGAACAUGUUGAGUUCUUUAGUGGACCUCCUACCUUUGAUGCUUUGGUUAGCAAGUGCCGGGAUAAAUUUGUGUGGCCACUAAGCUUGAGAGGCAGAUUUGACUGUGGGAAGGAACGGGCACAUUAUGUGUUGAUGUCUUUGUCAUGUGAGGAUGAAUGGAAGAACUACAUAGAGGUUGUCAAGAGUAGCAGUGUUAGGUGGUUGGAAGUUGUUGUGGAGAAGGGGUCUAGCCAAAGUGUGGUGGCUGUGGAUGAUAGUGUUGAUGUGGAGCCCGUAGAGAACCUUACCCAAGACAAAUAA